AUACACACAUUGGCUCACUGAUCCGUCACGCUGACCAAACACCCAGUAGAUCUACACAGUGUUAACGGUCAUUACUGAAACUGACAACCACCUUCAGGACGCUGGUCAUUCUAGGGACCCUAAUGGACCCCACGGGACCCUGUGUAUGUCUUUAAGGGCCUACAGGGACAAGGUGGUACUCAAGACGUUUGGACCAUUUAGGAAGUUACCGAGCUCGGGUUCCUUCUGUGGACGGCCUCUUAGGAAUAUUAAAGGCCUCUUACGAAAGAACGGUUCUUGAAAUUCCAAGUAUCGGGGACUAUUUUGGAAUUGGCAGACUUCGACAUUACUUGUGAUUUCUACCAUGUCUAGGUGGACAUUUUUGGUCCCAAGUUUCUUCUGAAAAAGAGAGAUCCCUUGAGUAUAACGUUGAGGAUAGUUUUAUUCCGAGUUGAAGACGUACACUGACGGGAGUUAUUUACACUGUUAACAUGUCGGGGUGGAUGUUCCUGGCCCUCCUUCCCCUACUGUGGCAUCAGACACUCGGGAAGAGAGUGGAAGGGACUCUUAUUACAGGACAGAAUUGGGAGUUCCUUACGAGAUUCUGUUUCCUGUCACAGAAAGGUAUCCUCCGAUAUCAGUUCGAAUAUCCCAAGUCUUACGCCAUACAAAGCGUGUUGUUGUAUUUUGAUGAGGCCAGUCAGUGGGACAGCGUUUACAAGACAGGACUGUCUUGUGACCAGAAAGUAGCUGCACUCGAUCCCGCCAACAACCAGAUCAUCGCCUUGUCGAUACUCUAUUCCUGGUCAGGAUGUAAGGAAAACACGCGCAAUGGCGUCGAAUAUAUCACGUGCAUUGGAGGACGUACCUUCCGUUCCACACGUGAACGAUGGUGGUUUGUGGCCAUCAGUCGGUGUGAUCAAACAUCGGGGCCGACAGGUAUGAACCUGACUUACUCUCUACACAUGAUGAACAGUAAGGAUGACAAGGACAUGCUACACUACGAGUUCUCGGCGGACGAGUUCUACAUCCUGCCCACAGACAUCGCCUUCAUGGGUGUCUACGUUCUCCUUCUCGUCGGAGCAAUCAUCUGUGCAAUAAUGCUGAAGUCUCGCCAACUUUUCCACACCACGUACAAGUUGUACAUAUUAUCUGUCUCGCUCUGGCUCAUCAAUCUGUUCUUCCUCAGUGUGGCAAACGGAAAGUACUCGGCGGACGGGUACGAAAAUAACCAACUGGAAUUAGCAGGUCGCGUUUUUGGUGCACUCAGUGACCUGGUGUUUCUGUUGAUGUUGAUACUGGUUGGGAAGGGCUACACCAUCACCAGAGGGCGCCUUCCAGCCUCUAGCACGAUCAAGGUCACAGUGUUCUUCACACUCUACACCAUAGUCUACGCCGUCCUGUUUGUCUACGAAGCCGAGGUGUUCGACCCAGGUGAGGUACUCUACCUGUAUGAGAGCCCUCCUGGAUACGGACUGAUAUCGCUGCGUCUGAUCGGGUGGGCGUGGUUCUGUUACUCCAUUUUCUUUACACUGAAACACUUCAAAACCAAAUCGCUAUUCUACUACCCAUUCUUCAUCUUCUAUACAGUUUGGUUCUGGGCUGGACCAAUCGUUAUUUUGGUGGCCAUGUUUGCCAUGGCCCAGUGGAUGCGGGAGAAGACGGUCCACGGAGUGUCCAUGUUGAUUUCCUUUCUCGGACAUGUUUUCUUCCAGUUAUUGACAAGGCCAUCUGCCGCAAACAAAAACUUCCCUUACCACGUGCGAACUACCCAGAUCGCCUCUAUGACGGGUACCAACAGUCACGAGUUGGACAAUUUUAACGCCCAUAGUUACGCCGUGGGUAACGCUCGUUCCUCGGUCUCCGGUCCUGACCUCACUAGUCUGUUCACUACCUCUAAAACUACGUCAGAGAAGGGUGAUGAUGACGACAUCCCGGCCAUGACGUCAGGACAGAAGCGUGGUAGUUUACCGCCCAGCUACAGCAGUGCCAACCUCGAGGUAUUACCCGGGAUUCGUAGUAACACGUCGUCUGCUUCCCUAGGUGGCGCCACUGGUGGAAUGUCGUCACCGCCAAGUUAUCACACACUGUUUACCGCUAACAGUGGAAACGGCUGGGAAUAGUGUAACUGUCCCACGUUAACACGGAGAUGACCACGGUUGUAACACGGAAAUGACCACGUUAACACGGAAAUGACCACAUUAACACGGGAAUGACCACGUUAACACGGAAAUGACCACGUUAACACGGAAAUGACCACGUUAACAGGGAAUGACCACGUUAACACGGAAAUGACCACGUUAACACGGAAAUGACCACGUUAACACGAAAAUGACCACGGUUGUAACGGAAAUGAACAUAACAGAACGACUUCUUACGGAAGUAAAUAAUGAACUCAAGGACAACGGAUUUACGUAUCAUUCUGUCCGUCUGGAAGUUUUAAUUCCAGAGGCAGAUCAUUGUGAGAUCGGGUACUAUAACUCUAUAUUACCCAGCACAUUAAAGAAUCUCAAAAAGUUUCAGUUUAACAUUCAAAUUUUAGCCUGUAAACAAAAUUUGAUUGUAUUUUGAGGUAAUGGUUUCUUAUAACAAUUAAAUUUAUGUUGUUCUGUGGUACAGUUUUAAAUUUCUGUUGUGUAUUUGUAUGUUGCCACGUGUCGUUAUUAUGUAAAUGAAUGAAAGGUAACAUUUUAUUGGAUACUGAAUCUUGACCUCUCGAGAUCUGACUGCUAAACGAAUAGCCACGAUCUUCUAUGACGUCACAAACAUGAAUUAAGAACGUAUGCUUGUGAAAACUGUUGUUUUUUUACGAUUUCGAUAUUUCUGUUGUAUGAAUCAUAUUUAUAAAACGUUCUUGAUUUGUUAAUCCAUAUGGAAGUUCGUCAGUGAUCCCCCCACCCCCUUUAAUUGUCCUCAUAUUACUGUGAUAUCCUGAUUUCUCCGAGUACAUUUCGGUUGUCUGUUAAUAGUAACAUACCUAAUAAGGAUUUAUAGACGGAAACAGAUACAUGUAUAUUACUUCAAAGUACUGUAGUACUGCACUUCCUUAAAUGAUCCUGGCUGUAAACAGGACGUUAAAAAAAACCUAGACCAAACCAGUCCCUCCAGCGGAACAUGUCCUAGAGUUACAAAAAAUCCUUACCUUCAUGAUCAUCUGUCCUUUUAUAAUUUCCAAUCUUACCUUGUCCAUGGCUAUAAAACAACUCUUCUCUGUUCACGUAAGUACUGCCUAACUUUGUUAAAUGACCUUGCAGACCAUUGUGACUGUAAUUGUAUAACAGGUAACCGCUCGUUAUUAUUUAUACUAUAUCUAUCAUGUUAUUGUUAUUGGGGAAAUGUGUCCUGUUUUAUAAACAUCAUCAUAUAAUAAAAUGGUUUGUGAUGAUGUCA